UCAGCCCUGGCGCUCUGGCUGGAAGAAGGCGUGGAGGUGACUCUCUGGCCCGCCACGCCUCUACUCUCCUGUCCCGACUGACGUUGGGCAACAAAGAUGGCGGCGGGAACCAGCAAUUACUGGGAAGAUCUCAGGAAACAAGCUCGACAGCUGGAAAAUGAACUUGACCUGAAACUAGUUUCCUUCAGCAAACUGUGCACGAGUUACAGUCACAGCAGCGCCCGGGAUGGAGGACGCGAUAGGUAUAGUUCAGACACAACGCCCCUCUUAAAUGGAUCAAGUCAAGACAGAAUGUUUGAGACGAUGGCAAUUGAAAUUGAACAGCUUUUGGCAAGACUUACCGGGGUAAACGAUAAAAUGGCAGAAUAUACCAACAGUGCAGGGGUCCCCUCGUUGAACGCAGCACUGAUGCAUACGUUGCAGCGACAUAGAGACAUUCUACAGGAUUAUACACAUGAAUUCCAUAAAACCAAAGCAAACUUUAUGGCGGUACGGGAAAGGGAGAAUCUGAUGGGAUCAGUACGAAAAGACAUUGAAUCAUAUAAAAGUGGGUCUGGAGUAAACAACAGGAGAACUGAACUGUUUCUGAAAGAACAUGACCACCUUCGAAACUCUGAUCGUCUGAUAGAAGAAACAAUAAGCAUUGCUAUGGCUACGAAAGAAAAUAUGACUUCUCAGAGAGGAAUGCUCAAGUCUAUUCACAGCAAAAUGAACACUUUGGCCAACCGUUUUCCUGCUGUGAACAGCCUGAUACAAAGGAUCAACCUUAGGAAGCGCCGUGACUCACUCAUCCUAGGAGGGGUCAUCGGCAUCUGUACCAUUCUGUUGCUGCUGUAUGCAUUCCACUGAAAGGAUGGCCCCAGGACUCUGCCCACCGCCUUCCUGCCCUGAUCGGGAGUGGGGAAAUGAGGAGGAGAAAGACUGCCCUGGCCAUGAACCUGCCAGCCAGACGAACUCUAAAACUGCAUCCAUGACUAGGACCUGGUCAGACUGAGCUGAAGCCAGUUUUUCUGUGCUAUCUUUUCUAAUGCACAUUACUGUUUUUAAUUUUAAAAACAACAACAAAAGGCUUUCAGUUGCUUAUGUUUCCCUGGAGGUAAGCAGGCAGAAGCCAAGAACCUGGGCUUCAGUAACUGGAGAGGCCUGAUGGCCAGUGGGCCUCAUCGCUGGCCUCCUCACAGUGCCAGGCUCUCCACAUCCAAAGAUGGCUUUGCCUUCAGCCGUGAGACUGGAUGUGAAUAAGAAUAAUUCUUGUCCUUUUAUUUAACACUUGUGAUGAGAAAUCAGCUGUCCUCUGCUGACACUCUGUGAUCUGGAUUCUACUCUGUGACCCUCACUCUUGGCAGUCAAGAACAAUUCCAUUUUGCACCAAUUCUGUAGGAUGCCGAUGCUCAGCUUCAUCACUGAGUUGUCUGAAACGGAGAGCGUGGUAGAAAGGGUAUGUCUCAGCUGGAGCUGGAAACACAUCAAGAGUGCAGGCCUGGCACUGAGGAGCUGGUUAUUGCUUGUUAGUUCUUCCAUUGGGUUAAUAUUUGCUUCUAUACGAUAAAAUCACAUUUCUGCUCUGACAGACAACAGCCAGUGUCUGUCAUUACCCCUAGUGGCCCCUUGUCAUGUGAAGAUCAAUACUAGGAACCAGGGGAGGGAACUGUGGCUCUCAGUGAGAUGGCUGUCCGUGUCAUUCCAUCUGACCGCGUUCUACAGCCAGGAGCAAACCUGAUUUCCAGGCACACCUCCCUGUAAGAAUCUAUUCACUCCUCAUCCCUUAGGCUCCCCUGCAUCCCCAGGCCAUGGUCUCGUUGUUGAAGGUGCCUGUGAUGCCUGUCCGCACCAGUUUAUUGCUGUGGACAGUGACUGAGAUGUAAAUGCUUUUUAAGCUUAGCCAUUCUCAGCAUCUGAAAUUGGUAACUUGUCUUACUAAACUAGCAGAUAUUUUAAAGGCCUCCAACAUCUGUGUCCACUGAGAGAGAAGGCUGUGAGCCCCCACUAGAGUAUCCUCUGGCACCACAGGCAAUGAGAAGGAAGAUAUCAGGGUGUAGCCUUCACCUCCUCAUGGUGUGGGAGUGUUGCCUCUGGGCAGACUUGAUUACUUAGUGCUCACAGAUGUCUGACAUCUGAUUUGGGACUGAGAGGAGAGGUUUGUCAUUCUGGUGUCGAAGUGUUAGUGCAUUCUGGGUAUGAAAGGCAUUUGAUAUAUUUUUCUUAAUUAUGGGGUUUAUUUUUCUAAAUAUGGGUUAAUCAGCUUGUUGACUAGGCAUGCCCUUAAAAGGAAAUUAAAUUUUCCACUGUGGGCCUUAAAGAAUCAGGGAAGUUUGUUUGCUAAAUUAAAUUCUCUUUGGGAAAACAGAACUUCUCUUCUUUGACACUUUAUUAUCUUUGAUUUUUUUUCAAAGGGCCCCAGUUGGUGGUUGUGCCUCAGCUAGACUUUAUGGGACUUUGGUUGUUAUAUAGUGGGCAUACAUAAAACUUGAAGUAUCCUAAAUAAAGUUAUUUAUUUAAAUAUA